AAACAACAGAUGGCGUAAUCUCCAUUGCAAUUAAAUACGGACUCGACGACGACGGAGGUGUCUGCUCCUAGACCUAGUAUCAUGAUUUGUUUUGGGAAUGCUGGAAAAGCGCGUAGUUUUCUCACUUACAUCAGAUUAAUAGGUUCAUAGAACUGAAAUCAAAUGUGUGAUGAGUCAUGGCCAGAAGAUCACCAGACCCCAUCUUUGUUUUAAGAGGUUCAAACGCUCCAGUCAGUUGUGUCAGGUUUGCCCUGGAUUCAUCUUCAUACAGAGAACAUAUUCUUUCAGGAUGCACUAGUGGUCAUGUGAAGAUAUGGGAUCUUUCAACCAGGAGGUGUGUUUCAUCACUAGAUGGUCAUCGUGGACAAGGUAUCUUGACCAUUGAAGGAAUGAACAAUGGCCAAAUUCUCAGCCAUGGACGUGAUGGCUAUGUACAUAUAUGGGAGCUAGCAGAGGGGAGAUAUGACAUCAAGACUUCAAUCACAUCAGCUACGACAAACUUUUGCCAAACUGCUCUCUGGCAGAAACAAGGUAAUGGCUCCCUGGCAGUUUCUGGAGGUCAAAUAUCAGAGGUCAGGGUGAUUUCUCUGGAUGGUCAUCAUGAGAAAGCCAAAUUGCUACCAUCAGAUGGACAUAAACCUCUAGGUAUGCCGAUGUGUAUGAAGUUCAUAGAUGAGACACGGCUCUUGAUUGGUUACGAAAAUGGCAGUGUAGUUGUAUGGAAUCUAUCAUCUUGCUGUAUAGAGAGUGAGAAUAAACUACAUCAUGAACCAGUUAUGUGUACGGAGUAUUGCUCAGAGUCUAAUAGAGGUAUCUCAGGCUCAUCAACUGAUCAGCUAGUUUCAUGGUCUAUGACAUCUCAGGGUGAGAUAAUUCUAGAUAAAGAGAUAACCUUGACAAAUCCUGGAGUAGCAUCACUCUCUUUACGAGACGACAAGAAGAUCUUGGUGUCAGGUGGAUGGGAUUCGAGAGUUCGUGUGUGGACCUGGAAGAAGCUAAAGCCCUUGGCUGUUCUAAACUACCAUUCUGAAACAGUCAACUCUCUUGAUUUCUCUUCAAGAACAGAUAGUAAAGGUUACUUGAUGGCUGCAGGAAGCAAAGACACUCAUAUCAGUGUUUGGUCACUUUACAAUGACCCUAAGACUUGAAAAUACUAGAACCAGGGAUACAUAUACACCCAAGUAAUGAGAGGAUAGAUGCACCGGGCCCAGUGGGAGAGUUUUUAUAGUAUUAUUUUGAUAUAUACCCUUUGGUCACGCAUUGUGGCACUUAAACUGGACCAAGAUGAGGAAAGCGGUAACCCGAUUACGUGGUGUGAAAUUUCUUCAAAAUGCAUGUCUAAUAUAGUCAUGCAAUGGAGCCUGUGGUGUGUGCUGCAUAACAACCCCUAAAUAUAUUUUCUUCAUCCCAUAUUUUCUCUGAAAUGUUAAAACAAUUGUUUUUUUAGAUUAAAAAAAUGCAAUCUGUUUCACUGGGUGAAAGCCAGAAAUGUGUUUACAUUAUUAUUUAUUUCCUAGUCUUGAAGAAAGUACAGAAUUCAAGCAACUUGUAUUUAUGAUUAAAACAUUGAUUCUCUAUGUACAAUGUUUUAUGGGAGUAUAUAGAAGCAGGCCUUUGAAGCAUAAUGGGACAGAUAUGAUUGAAGAAAUGUAAUAUGCUGGCCAUAAUCCAUUGAGAGAAUAAAUUAAAUGCCAAAAUAUGCACCCCAUUUUUCUGUGUGUAUUGCCUCUGAAUGUGCAAUAUUCACUUUUUGCAACUCUCCAUUAAAAAUGUGAACAGAAAAAUAGUGCAAAUAUUUUUGCUGUCCAUGAAUUUGCUAUUAUGCAACUUGAAAGAAAUAUGAAAAGUUAUACAAAGAUUGAAUGACCGAUUGGUUCCAGGAAUGGGGAUAUGAACUAUUCUAGGGGUCUGAAAGCAAGGUCUUUGGUCAUGUGAUGUGUUUAUCUAUGAAUUGAUUGACUUACCAAUAUUCAAGAAGGUAUCUACAUGUAUUUAGUAAAAAAAAAACCAAAGUAAAAAACAAAGUUACUAGUUCUUCGACUUUUUUCACCACAUCUGUCGAAGCUGUCGUGAAUAACAGUCAUGAAUGAUGCUUGAAUUAGUUGCAAAAAUAUUUUGAUUUUUGAUGCCAGCAUUAUAUUCGAUGUCCAGUUUACUAAAACUGAGCAGAAACUUUUAAAUCAAGGAUUAAAAUGGAACGAUAGUCCAUCAUCACCUAUUCAAGAAAAUAAUCUGCCCAUUGUUACAGCACUAAAACCACUAUUAAAAAGUUCUCAUCUUUCAACAAAAGCUUUUUUUUUACAUCCUGUUAUUGAUUUUCAGCUGGUGAACAACAGUUAAACUGGAUCAUUAUUAAAAAACAUUUGAAAGCAAAUCCUCUACUGAAAAGAAAAAUCAAAAGGUUACUCUGCAGGUUUUGGAGAAUAUACAUGUAGAUAUAUCAUAAUUGAUAGGAGUUUGUUAUACAACAAACUGGUGUGAAAGGUGGAUUGAGAUUGAACGUUAGGACAAUAGUUGUGAUUGAUUCAAUCCAUUUCAAUUAUGGCAAGCUAUAUUGACAAUAUUUUUGUGUCAGAGGCAUACUUAUCCGAACAAUGAUGUAUGCGUAAACAAAGUUGUUAUAUUUAGAGAAUACUUCAAAAGGAAAUUCUAAUUACUGACGAUUUCUUUCUAGUUUUAAAUAAUGAAAUAAUUGGAUCAAUCAUAACUCUUAGUAAGAUGAGGCCCUGAUGUUGUAUGAAUUGAGUAGAGGAAAAGAUGGUUGAAAAUGUCCCGAAGUUGAGAUUACCUCGCAAGUAUAUAUCUUCAUCGUGUUUUGGUAUAGGAUGCAAUACAUACAGAUUGUACACCAAAACAAAAAACAAAAGAUUUAAAGAUAUCUCCAAAAGGUGCAUUUAUUCUCACACCAGAUAGAUUAGAUUUACAAGAAAUGCUCUAAAGGGAAAUCCAUUCCAGUCUAAUUAGAUAGCACAAUUCUAGAGGCAGUAUGGUAAACAUUUUAAUGAAAUCAACCAUGAUGAACAUAUCACUUUGAUGAAGUAGUUCACUAGAAGAUUUCUGUACGAUUCAACUCAAUAAACACUGCACUUUUACAGAAACCUGCUUGCACCUCUAGGAAUUGACAUGAAAUGCUAGUCAUAAAAAAUAUUUGUUAGUAACUAACCGUCACAAACAAUCAUUGUCUAAAGUGCAAAGUAAGCUGGCAUUAUUAUAUCAUACAAUGGAUGAUACAUUAUAAUGAUUGCAUAACUUUAUGUUACUGGGCACAUGUCUGAUUUAACUUGCAACUUUUCACCAUUCUGUUCAUCUUAUUAUUGUGCUUUCACAUUUGACUUCUAAGAAGGGAUUGGAUUCCCAUUUAAGAGUGAAAACAGUGAUCUCAAUCUGAAAUUGCACUUCAGCAAGAAAUGAAUAAUAAUACAUCACAAGCUAUAUGUAAAAGCUAAAAGUGAAGAGUUCAAAGCACUUCUGGCACCUGCCAGAUUCAGAGUAAGACAGUAAACUGUCAGGUAAGCUUCUAUGAAUAUUCACAAUCAAUGUGAGCGAAGUAUAAUUGUGACCACACAACUCACAGGGUUGCUGCUCCACAACUAAAUAUUAACAACAAAUGAAAGAGGAAAUAAUAUGUUGCAAUUAAUCCAUUUUACCGUUAAAAUGAUUAAAGAAAUUAUUUGAUACAG